AUGCUAAGCGUAAUCAGAUAUCAUUUAUUUCCUAUGCAGCCAUAUAUAAAACUUAUGAUAUGAGCUUAUAUCAAUAAAAAUAAGGCAAAUAUUUUAAUUUAUCUAAGAAGUACUUUUAUAUUUGUUCAGAUUUGCUUAGCCCUAUUAACUUUUUAUGAUUUUUCAAAAACUGUAUCAAUCCAAAUUAUUAUGCAGAAUUAUUUUUUAUCGUAA